AUGGUCUUAACAGCAGAACGGCUCGUCAAAUUGGCCUACAAAUACCCCAGUCUCUACAACAACUGGUAUGUAUUGGCAUCCUCGGCACUCGCGGUGGUGAACCAACCACAAGAAAUCGGGAAAGUGUUCCACUUCGCGUUGCGGCAACAGCUCUUGGAGUCUUCUGUUUCGGAUAAGCCAUUGUUGACGGACCCCUUCAUGUUAAAGUUGGCAGAAGACUCCAUUGCCUCCGCUGUAAAGUACGAUGAGUUCACUGCAAUUGGAGUGAACUUGCCGGAUAUCUUGAUUCCGUACACUUAUCACGAUAAGCUCCCGCUCACGUACAAGUACAAUCGGAGUGAGGAUAUUUACGCGGCCCAAAGCGCCGUCGCCAAUAGAAUAAGGGAAGCACUCUUAAAAGUUGCGCCUAUCGCUGGUCUCCCAAGGUCGAUCAAUGCGUUGACUGCACUCAAGAAGGUUACGCCAAAUAGUAUACGACCCGAGCAAAAACCCAAGAGACCUUGCGUGUUGACGCCAGGACAUGUGAGAUCGUCGGACUUGGUGCAAGAGGACUUCGCUGGAACGAGGUUCGAAAGUGACGAGAUCCCAACGUGUGACACAUUGGAGGGGCCCGUGAGCUUGCUGUCGGUAAAUAGCGAGACCGUGUUGAAUAACACGGUGCGGGGCCUGGACCUCUGGCAGGCAAUUUAUGGCAAGAUCGGCAACAGGGUCAAGAACCAGAUGUUCAAUGCAUAUCCUGAUCUAUGGCAAUAUGCCUACAACAAUGUAUACGGGCCGAUUUUGAGCUUCACCGACAUUGUUUCGGCCAAGGAGACCUCGUUUGUGGUGAUCUCGGCAUUGAUCCCACAAGACGUUAAUCCCACACUUAAAGGGCACUUGAAAGGCGCAUUGAACCAGGGGGCGUCCAAAGAGGAAAUUGAAAGUGUGCGUUGUUUGACGUUUGAUAUAUGUGACUGGAGUGGAAAUGUUUCCUGGAAGAACGGGAAGGAGAGUGUGGCCAAAUUGUAG